CAGCUACUUGCUUCUCCUCUUCUCUCGAAUCGAUUCUUUCUUCACGCUGACAAUCUCUGAGACGACGAGUAACAGAUUCUCGUUAAGAAUUAGCUGAUCGCCGCUACGUACUUACUUCUCCGUGAGAUUCGUUUUGAUCUCCGGUAAAACUCCCGAUCGCCUCCAGUUUCCGGCGAUUCGAUCUAGUAAGAUACGAAGAAUCUCUAUCUCAUGUGGUUAGGUUUUGCUCACCUGGUUAAGCUUAGCAUUGUGAUUUUGAGCUUUUAGGCGGUUAGGUUUUCGAGUGAAGCUUUACUGAUUUGAUUAACGGCGAUUCGGUCGAGUAAGAAACGAAGAAUCUCUAUCUCAUGUGGUUUAAUAGCGGUUAGGUUAGCCUAAGGCCUUUGAUUGAGCAUUGUGAUUAGUGGUGGUUAUAGAGAAGCGAUUAGGUUUUCGAGUGAAGGUUUACUGAUAACCCUAGGGUUUAGCUAAGACUCGAUUUGUUUAGAUCUGUCGCUCGGAUGAUCUGAUACAUCAACAAGAAUGACGGUGGGAAGGUUUCUAUCUCUAGUCCGAGGAGACUCUGCUGAGUCGCCUCGUGAGAUUACCUCACCGAGUAACCUCAUUAACGACUCUGGUUCCAACGGCUGGCUUAUUAGGUUUUUCGAUUCGGCUUUCUUCUGUGAGUGGAUUGCUGUUAGUUACCUCUACAAGCAUCCACACGCUGGUGUUAGGGAUUACUUAUGCAAUAGGAUGUAUACGCUUCCUUUAUCAGGUAUAGAGAGUUAUCUCUUCCAGAUUUGUUAUAUGAUGGUGCAUAAACCUAGCCCCUCGCUUGAUAAGUUUGUGAUAGAUAUCUGUGCUAAGUCGUUGAAGAUUGCGUUGAAAGUGCAUUGGUUUUUGUUGGCUGAGUUGGAGGAUUCUGAGGAUAGUGAAGGGAUUGGUAGGAUUCAAGAGAAGUGUCAGAUUGCUGCUACUGUUUUGGGUGAGUGGUCUCCUCUUAUGCGUGUGCAGAGUGAGGUUUCGACUCCUGGGAGUAAGAAUCAGGUUUUGAGUAGGCUUUUGUCGUCGAAACAGAAGCUUUUCUCGUUGAAGUUGUCUCCUCCCAUGUCAUUCUCGCCUUCGCCAGGGAGCAAUGUUCAGGAUGAUGGUAGUCAGUUAUCUACUGAGGAUAAUAAGAUUUUUAAGAAGCUUAUUCCGAGUCCUAAAGUUAGAGAUGCUUUGAUGUUUAGAAAGUCAGGUGAGAAAGAUGAUGAAGAGAAUGAAAAGGAAGGGUUUUUCAAGAGGCUCAGGAGGGACAGCAGAGGUGAGGGUGAUGAAUCAACAUCUAACUCGGAGGGUUUCUUUAAGCGUCUCAUGAAAGACAAUAAAUCAGAAGAAGAGGAGGUAACAAACAGUUCUGAGGGGUUCUUCAAGAGGCUCUUAAGUAGUAAAGGAGAAAACGAGGAGUUGACAUCGAGUUCAGAUGGGAUGUUUAAGAGGUUGUUACGAGAUAAUAAGGGUGAUGAAGACGAUUUGAGUGCAAACUCGGAUAGUUUCUUCAAGAGGUUAUUACGAGAUAAUAAAAAGGACGACGAGGAAUCAAAUGCAAACUCAGAAGGGUUUUUCAAGAAACUAUUCCGUGACAGCAAAAUUGAGGAAGAUAGAGUUCCUAAAGCAUUGGGUGAUGAGGACAAAGAUGGGUUCCUUAAGAAACUUUUCAAGGACAAAUCUGAUGACAAAAGGCAGGUUAAUGAAAAGAAUGAGACGAAUGGGGCAGUACUUGCUACUGAUAAACCUGGUGAGGAGGAUGAAACGGAGGGGUUUUUCAAAAAGUUAUUUAAGGACAAGCCUGAAGAAAAGAAAGACACUGUAAUAGCCGAUGACGGGAGUGAAAGCGAGGGUGACGAAUCUCCAGAAUUUUCUCUGUUCAAAAGAUUAUUCCGUACACAUUCAGAAGACGCAAAACCUACUUCAGAAAUUGAAACUACGAGCAAUGGCAUAGUUGAAAGCAGUCCUGGGACAGAGAAUUUUUUCCGUAAAUUGUUCAGAGAUCGUGACCAAUCUGUUGAAGAUUCUGAACUAUUUGGAUCAAAGAAACACAAAGAGAAGCGGCCAGGUUCACCUAAGCAGCGGGAUGAUACUACAUCUGGUAAGCCCCCACUACCAAACAAUACCGCUUCACAAUUCAGGAAAGGGGCUUACCAUGAGUCAUUAGAAUUUGUACAAGCGUUAUGUGAAACAUCGUAUGGUUUGGUAGAUGUCUUUCCCAUCGAAGAUCGGAAAAUUGCUCUUCGGGAGUCUCUUGCAGAGAUCAAUUUUCAUUUAUCUGAAGCUGAAACCACCGGAGGAAUUUGUUUUCCAAUGGGGAGAGGAGUUUAUCGUGUCGUUCAUAUUCCUGAAGACGAAUGCACUCUUUUGAAUUCUAGGGAAAAGGCGCCGUACAUGAUCUCCGUAGAAGUUUUGAAGGCGGCAACACCCAGUGCUAAAGAUACAUCGAACUCCCAGAAGCUUUCUAGAGGGGGCAUACCAUUGGCCAACGGGGACGCAUUUUUUCAAAAGCAACCUGCAUGGGCUUAUCCACUAUGGACUACUCAGGAGGCUUAUCGCAACAGUGCUGACCGAAUGUCGCUAUCCACUGCCCAAGCAAUUGAUCAAGCAAUGACUCCUAAGCCCGACGUGAAGGUGAAACUUGUCAGUGUAAGCCUCUCAGUGGAGAGUUGUACUGCAUCUCUUGAAUCACUGAGUGAUCCAUUUGAUGAUGUCCUGGCUGAGGCCCCAAGAACUGGGCUGGACUCUGAUCUUGAAUGGGUAAGGGUUGUCGUGACGGCUGACCCAGGACUUCGAAUGGACAGCAUUUCUGAUCCAGCAGUCCCACGUAAAAAGGAACAUCGCCGUGUUCCAAGUACUGUUGCUAUGGAGGAAGUAAGGGCUGCUGCAGCGAAGGGUGAGGCACCUCCAGGCCUUCCUCUCAAAGGGGCUGGUCAGGAUUCGUCAGAUGCACAACCAAGGGCCAAUGGUGGAAUGCUAAAGGAGGGUGAUGCCUUAUCUGGUGAACUUUGGGAUGAAAGGCGAGAGAGAAUACGUAAAGCUUCAAUAUAUGGAAAUUUACCAGGCUGGGACCUGCGCUCUAUCAUUGUGAAGAGCGGUGAUGACUGUCGGCAGGAACAUCUUGCUGUGCAACUCAUUUCUCACUUUUAUGAUAUAUUCCAAGAAGCAGGUCUGCCGCUCUGGUUACGUCCUUAUGAGGUCUUGGUUACAUCUUCAUAUACUGCCCUUAUAGAAACAAUUCCAGAUACGGCUUCUAUUCAUUCUAUCAAAAGUAGAUACCCCAACAUCACGAGCCUCCGUGAUUUCUUUGCUGCGAAGUAUAAAGAAAACUCUCCGAGUUUUAAGCUUGCCCAGAGGAAUUUUGUUGAGAGCAUGGCCGGAUAUUCUUUGGUGUGUUACCUACUUCAGGUAAAAGAUCGUCAUAAUGGAAAUCUUCUUUUGGAUGAAGAGGGUCACAUCAUACACAUUGAUUUUGGCUUUAUGCUUUCAAAUUCUCCUGGUGGUGUAAACUUUGAGAGCGCUCCGUUUAAGUUAACACGUGAACUUCUUGAGGUGAUGGACUCUGAUGCCGAUGGAGUUCCAAGUGAGUUCUUUGAUUAUUUCAAGGUGCUAUGCAUUCAAGGAUUCCUUACAUGUAGAAAGCACGCUGAGCGAAUUAUUCUCUUAGUUGAAAUGUUACAGGACUCGGGUUACCCUUGCUUCAAAGGUGGUCCACGAACAAUUCAAAACCUAAGAAAACGAUUCCAUCUAAGCUUAACCGAAGAGCAAUGUGUGUCGUUGGUGUUGUCUCUCAUCAGCAGUAGCUUAGAUGCUUGGCGAACACGGCAGUAUGAUUACUACCAGAGGGUCUUAAAUGGAAUAUUGUGAUGUUCCAUUACAGAGGGAACCAACAACAUAAUAAGGGUUUAGCCUCAAAACAUACAUCGGUUAUGUGUUGGGUUAAAACGGCUAAAAACCAUGCGUUUUAAGGAAACCCUUUUUCUCAUAGCUAAUAGUAAAAGGCAGAAGAAAGAAAAAGCCUUUUAAUCUGAAGAGAAGCAGAUCAGCGUGAGUGGGAGAAGAAACAAACCAAUCACCACCACACAUUACCGUUUGUGUACAGAAAGUUUUUUUUUUUUUUUUGGGCAGAGGUUUGAUUGUUUUUAUCUUUUUACUAUACUUUCUCUACUUGCAGGAGAGAAAAGAAAAAGGAAGAUGCCUCAGUUUUCUUACUCUUCUCAAAACAUAUCCCUUUUAGAGAUGACAACUAAUGAUGUGAUCUUGUUGUAUAAAUUGUGUAUUAUCUUUUGUUAAAUAAGAAUCCGAGCAAGAAAAAACAAACUGUAGAACAUAUAAAAACAUUCGUUUGAAGUUGUGUAUUUCCAUCGAUUCUUCCCUUGUAAUUAUUAUUAGUCUCUAAUCAAUGGAUACAAUACAAAGAUUAAAGUCAACGAUUACAUUUUUACUGUAUUUAUGUAAAAGGCUAAUCCAUGAUGUAAAGUCA